GGAGCACGUUAGCUCACAGAAAUACCUUCCUUUGUAGACAAGCACGCUUCAGUUUUGCGAAUCAUUGUUUUGGGCAGCUCUCUACUGCAGACCGGUGUUCUGCAAGCCCUCCAAGCUGUUCCUCAUGCCCGUGGGUCUGUGUGAGAAGGGCAAAAGCAUGUCCUCCCUCCCUGGGUGCGUUAGUUUGGAUGCAGCAACAGCUGCCCCUGACUCUGAAGACAUGACUGAGCUGCAGCAGGCAGUGGUUGAAGAGCUGGGUAUCUCUAUGGAGGAACUUCGCCAGUUCAUUGAUGAAAUGCUGGAAAAGAUGGACUGUAUACAGCAGCGCAAGAAGCAGCUAGCAGAGUUGGAGACGUGGUCGCUACAGAAGGAGUCUGAGGUGGGUUAAGAUGUCCAGCUCCUUGAUGAUGCAUCCAGGGCAGUGAUUAAUUGUGAGUCUUUGGUGAAGGAUUUCUACUCUAAGCUGGGACUGCAGUAUCAUGACAGUAGCUCCGAGGAUGAAGCUUCCCAGCCUACAGAAAUAAUUGAGAUUCCUGAUGAAGAUGAUGAUGUCCUCAGUAUUGAUUCAGAGGUGUGGUGUCUGUCUGUGUUUGGGAAUGUGUAUGUGAGUAUAACUGGACUCAGCUCAGAAGAGGCACCAGAUUCUCUGAGAUGUAGUGUGACCAGUGUGAUGCUGGAAGCAGAACUCCGAAAGACCAGAAGCUCCGUGAAGCUAUGGCUGCCUUAAGAAAAUCAGCUCAAGAUGUCCAGAAGUUCAUGGAUGCUGUCAACAAGAAAAGCAGUUCCCAGGAUCUAAAUAAAGGAACCUUGGGUCAGAUGUCUGGAGAACUGAGCAAAGAUGGGGACCUGAUAGUCAGUAUGCGGAUUCUGGGCAAGAAGAGGACUAAGACAUGGCACAAAGGCACCCUUAUUGCCAUCCAGACUGUUGGGCUGGGAAAGAAAUACAAAGUGAAAUUUGACAACAAAGGGAAGAGUCUGCUGUCUGGCAACCACAUUGCCUAUGAUUAUCACCCUCCUGCUGACAAGCUGUUUGUGGGCAGUCGCGUGGUAGCCAAAUACAAAGAUGGAAAUCAGGUCUGGCUUUAUGCUGGCAUUGUAGCUGAGACUCCCAACGUCAAGAACAAGCUCAGAUUUCUGAUUUUCUUUGAUGAUGGUUAUGCCUCCUAUGUCACUCAGUCAGAACUGUAUCCCAUUUGCCGACCAUUGAAAAAGACCUGGGAGGACAUAGAAGACAGCUCCUGCCGAGACUUCAUAGAGGAAUAUAUCACUGCCUACCCAAACCGCCCCAUGGUACUUCUCAAGAGUGGCCAGCUUAUUAAGACUGAGUGGGAAGGCACAUGGUGGAAAUCUCGAGUUGAAGAGGUGGAUGGCAGCCUAGUCAGGAUCCUCUUUCUGGAUGACAAGAGAUGUGAGUGGAUCUAUCGAGGCUCUACACGCCUGGAACCCAUGUUCAGUAUGAAGACAUCAUCAGCUUCUGCAAUGGAGAAGAAGCAAGGGGGACAAUUGAGAACCCGUCCUAAUAUGGGUGCUGUGAGGAGCAAAGGUCCUGUUGUUCAGUAUACACAGGACCUAACCAGCACUGGAACCCAGUUCAAGCUCACGGAGCCCCCACAGCCCAUAGCUACACCGGCCCCCCCUGCUGCACUUCCUCUUUCCCCACAAGCAGGUGACACUGAAAGCUUAGAAAGCCAACUUGCUCAGUCACGGAAGCAAGUGGCCAAAAAGAGCACAUCGUUUCGGCCAGGAUCUGUGGGUUCUGGCCAUUCCUCCCCUGCUUCGCCCACACUCAGUGAAAGUGUAACUGCUGGGAAACUUGGGAUCAACCAGACAUACAGAUCGCCUUUGGCCUCAGUAGCAUCUACUCCAACACCUGCAGCCCCUCCAGCCUUCCAUGGCAUGUUAGAGCGGGCACCAGCUGAGCCUUCCUACCGAGCCCCCAUGGAGAAGCUUUUCUAUUUACCUCAUGUCUGCAGUUACACUUGUCUGUCCCGGAUCAGACCCAUGAGGAAUGAACAGUACCGGGGCAAGAAUCCCCUCUUAGUACCGCUGCUAUAUGACUUCCGUAGGAUGACAGCCCGGCGUAGAGUUAACCGCAAAAUGGGCUUCCAUGUUAUCUAUAAGACACCCUGUGGUCUCUGUCUUCGGACAAUGCAGGAAAUAGAACGCUACCUUUUUGAGACUGGCUGUGACUUCCUGUUCCUGGAGAUGUUCUGUUUGGAUCCAUACGUUCUUGUCGACAGAAAGUUUCAGCCUUUUAAGCCUUUUUACUAUAUUUUGGACAUCACCUACGGCAAGGAAGAUGUUCCCCUGUCCUGUGUUAAUGAGAUUGACACAACUCCCCCACCCCAGGUGGCCUACAGCAAGGAGCGCAUCCCUGGCAAGGGUGUUUUCAUUAACACAGGCCCUGAAUUUCUGGUUGGCUGUGACUGCAAGGAUGGGUGUCGGGAUAAAUCUAAAUGUGCCUGCCAUCAGCUAACUAUCCAAGCCACAGCAUGUACCCCAGGAGGCCAAAUCAACCCUAACUCUGGCUACCAGUACAAAAGGCUUGAAGAGUGUCUGCCUACAGGGGUUUAUGAGUGUAACAAACGCUGCAAAUGUGACCCAAACAUGUGCACAAAUCGCUUGGUGCAACAUGGACUACAGGUUCGACUACAGCUAUUUAAGACACAGAACAAGGGCUGGGGUAUCCGCUGCUUGGAUGACAUUGCCAAAGGCUCUUUUGUCUGUAUUUAUGCAGGCAAAAUCCUGACAGAUGAUUUUGCAGACAAAGAAGGGCUGGAGAUGGGUGAUGAGUACUUUGCAAAUCUGGACCACAUUGAAAGUGUGGAGAAUUUUAAGGAAGGAUAUGAGAGUGAUGUCGCCAGUUCAUCUGACAGCAGUGGGGUGGACAUGAAGGACCAGGAAGAUGGCAACAGCGGUUCAGAGGAUCCUGAAGAGUCCAAUGAUGACAGCUCUGAUGAUAACUUCUGUAAGGAUGAAGACUUCAGCACCAGCUCAGUGUGGCGUAGCUAUGCUACCCGGAGACAGACUCGGGGUCAGAAGGAAAACGGACUGUCUGAGGUGGCUUCCAAGGACUCCCGUCCCCCAGACCUUGGGCCUCCAAAUGUUCCUGUCCCUCCUGCAGUAUCUGUAGGGGGCUGCAAGCCACCUUCAUCUGAAGAGACCCCCAAGAACAAGGUGGCCUCGUGGUUGAGCUGCAACAGUGUCAGUGAAGGUGGGUUUGCUGAUUCUGACAGCCGUUCUUCCUUCAAGAAUAGUGAGCGUGGAGAUGGCCGGGCUGGGGCAGGCCGGGCAGAGGCUGAGAAGGCCUCUACCUCAGGAUUGAGCUUCAAGGAUGAAGGAGACAAUAAGCAGACUAAGAAAGAGGAUCCUGAUGACCGAAACAAGAUGUCAGUAGUCACUGAAAGCUCUCAGAAUUAUGGACACAAUCCUCCUAUGAAGUCUGAUGGGCUUCGCCGACCAUCUAGUAAAACUUCUAUGCCCCAAAGUCGGCGACUUGGGGCUUCUACUCAGUCCAACCCUGAUGAUAUCCUGACACUGUCCAGCAGCACAGAAAGUGAGGGGGAAAGUGGAAUCAGCCGAAAGCCCACUGCUGGUCAGACUUCUGCCACAGCUGUUGACAGUGAUGACAUCCAGACCAUCUCCUCUGGCUCUGAUGGCGAUGACUAUGAGGACAAAAAAAACUUGACUGGUCCAACGAAGCGCCAGGUGGCAGUAAAAUCAACCCGAGGCUUUGCUCUUAAAUCAACCCAUGGGAUUGCUAUUAAAUCAACCAACAUGGCUUCUGUGGACAAGGGGGAGAGUGCACCAGUUCGUAAGAACACACGCCAGUUCUAUGAUGGUGAAGAGUCUUGCUACAUCAUUGAUGCCAAACUUGAAGGCAACCUAGGCCGCUACCUCAAUCACAGUUGUAGCCCCAACCUGUUUGUCCAGAAUGUCUUCGUGGAUACUCACGAUCUUCGCUUCCCUUGGGUGGCCUUCUUUGCCAGCAAGAGGAUCCGGGCUGGAACAGAGCUUACUUGGGACUACAACUACGAAGUGGGCAGUGUGGAAGGCAAAGAGCUGCUGUGCUGCUGUGGGGCCAUUGAGUGCAGAGGACGUCUUCUCUAACGGGAACCAGCCCUCUUCUCACUCUGAGAACCCGUGACCAUCCAUACCCCAGAACUGGGUCUUCCUGACGCUUGAACUCUGACCCCAAGGCUCUGAUGUAGCUUUUCUCCAGUUGCUAGUAGACUGGAUCAGGACUCCCAGUGUGGUGCUAGCGGGCUCUAGGGUGGGUAGACAUGACCACUCUAGCCCCAGCCUGAGGUCCUGCUCAAAUAGAUUUGUUCAUGCGUUCUUCAUUCACAUGGGCUCUAUGUCUGUCAUCCCUGAUUUGUACAGUUUCUUGAAAGUGAUAAAAUAGUGAUUGUGAUCUGUUUUCUCAGU